AUGUCUGUGACACGUUUUACGUUUUGCAAAUUAGUACAAUACAUUCAAAAAUUAGACUUUAACGGUGUAUCUGGCCACAUCAAAUUUAGAGGAGGUCCAUCCCGUUUCUCCACUAUAAACAUCGUCCAAUGGUACAACGAGAGCCAACAUAUCGUAGGCAGUUUCAAUCCUAACGUUACUCACAACAGAGCCGAAAUUAAUGGUGGUAAUCUAACCCUUUACGAGCCGCUCAUUAAAUGGUAUACGGAAAACGGAGCGGUACCAGAAGAUGGCACACUACCCCCUCCUACUUGCGCUUUGGAAGGAUUGGCGAGAGCGUUCAACGUUACUUGUCAGACUGCUGCGAUUAUUUUGAACAUCUUUUUAGUUGCUGUUCUGCUCAUAAUUGUAGUCGUUGUAGUCUUCUACAUGAAGAGAAAAUAUGCUUUGAAGGUUGAGAAAACGAAGAACUAUAUGAGAUCUCUGGGUAUUCCAUUUGACAUGCACAAUACCAGCGACCUCGACAAAUGGGAGAUACGCAGGGAAUGCGUAGUCAUCAACAGAAAACUGGGAGAAGGAGCUUUCGGUACUGUCUAUGGAGGUGAAGUAUCAGUAGACAACAACGGCACCUGGACAGCAGCCGCAGUGAAAACGCUUAAAGUAGGAUCUACUACAGAAGAAAAACUUGACUUUCUUUCGGAAGCAGAAGCAAUGAAACGUUUCGACCAUAAAAAUAUCGUUAAACUCUUGGGAGUUUGCACCAAAGAGGAACCUGUCUAUACCAUUAUGGAAUUUAUGCUGUACGGCGAUCUCAAAACGUAUCUUUUGGCUCGUAGACACUUGGUUAAGUCUGAUAUUGAGGAGUCUGAGGAAGUAAGUCCAAAGCGUUUGACUAAUAUGUCUUUGGAUGUAGCAAGAGGACUGAGUUAUUUGGCGGAGAUGAAAUUCGUUCAUAGAGAUAUCGCUUCGAGAAAUUGUUUAGUAAAUGCCCAACGUUCUGUGAAGAUUGGCGAUUUUGGUAUGACCAGAGCAAUGUUUGAUAAUGACUAUUACAAGUUUACCAGAAGGGGAAUGUUACCUGUAAGAUGGAUGUCUCCUGAAAGUUUAGCUCUCGGUGUAUUUACCCCAUCUUCGGAUAUAUGGAGUUUUGGGGUACUACUCUACGAGAUAAUAACGUUCGGUAAUUUCCCAUUCCAAGGAAAAAGUAACGCUCAGGUUUUGGAACUAGUUAAAGACGGUCAGACGUUGGAUAUUCCAAAAGGCACUAAGCCACAAUUGGUCGGUUUAAUGAAGUCCUGUUGGAAACGAGAAUCCAAAGAGCGUCCCACAGCAUGCCAAAUUGUAGAAUUCCUCGCAAACAACCCAAGACUGUUAUCGCCAUGUUUAGACGUUCCAAUAUCAUCAGUGCAAAUCGGAGACAGUGAUCAGCUCGAAUUGUCCCGCAAAGACCUAAAAGUGUCUCCAAGUAAAUCUGCGAACGGAUCGACGUUCCAAGCUCCAAACACAGUGUUUGACGAUAGGCCAGAUCCGGAUAGCAUACCUCUGGAGGUGUGCUGUGUCAAAGAGCCGCUGUUGGGGCAGGGACGGGCUAGCAGCUCGAAUUUACUCAGCAGAUUAGGGGUAGGCAGCAAACGAGAGUCUGAAGACGACGAUGAAUAUUUAGAACAAAACGUUCCAGAUGCACAGGAUAACACUAAUGUAUAA